CUGCCAUGGCUGUCCGAGAGCCACUGAAGAAGAUGCUCGCCAAGUAUAAGUAUAGAGAUCUGACGGUGCAGGAAACCACCAGUGUUAUUACCCAAUACAAAGACCUCAAACCCGUAAUGGAUGCAUAUGUUUUUAAUGAUGGCUCAUCCAGGGACCUGAUGAGCCUCACUGGAACCAUUCCUGUGCCUUAUAGAGGUAACACAUACAAUAUCCCAAUAUGUCUGUGGCUACUGGAUACCUACCCUUUCAAUCCCCCAAUCUGUUUUGUUAAACCAACUAGUUCAAUGACCAUUAAAACUGGGAAGCAUGUUGAUGCAAAUGGAAAGAUAUAUCUUCCUUAUCUGCAUGAGUGGAAACAUCCCCAGUCAGACUUGAUAGGAUUGAUUCAAAUUAUGAUCGUGGUGUUCGGAGAGGAACCUCCAGUCUUUUCUCGGCCUACCAUUUCAACAUCCUUCCAACCAUACCAAGCAACAGGACCACCAAAUACAUCCUACAUGCCAGGCAUGCCAAGUGGAAUCUCUCCCUAUCCACCAGGACACCCUCCUAACCCAAGUGGCUACGCGGGCUACCCUUAUCCACCUGGUGGUCCAUUUCCAGCGACAACAAGUGGUCAGCACUACACUUCUCAGCCUCCUGUGACUACUGUUGGUCCCAGCAGAGAUGGUACCAUCAGCGAGGAUACCAUUCGAGCGUCUCUCAUUUCAGCAGUGAGUGAUAAACUGAGAUGGCGGAUGAAAGAGGAAAUGGAUCGUGCACAAGCUGAGCUCAAUGCCUUGAAGCGGACAGAAGAGGACCUGAAAAAAGGUCACCAAAAGCUGGAAGAGAUGGUAACUCGCUUAGACCACGAAGUGGCUGAAGUCGAUAAGAACAUUGAACUUCUGAAGAAGAAAGAUGAAGAACUUAGUUCUGCACUGGAGAAAAUGGAAAAUCAGUCCGAAAAUAAUGACAUAGAUGAAGUUAUCAUUCCAACAGCACCACUUUACAAACAGAUCCUGAACUUAUAUGCAGAGGAAAAUGCCAUUGAAGACACCAUCUUUUACUUGGGAGAAGCAUUGAGACGUGGGGUUAUUGACCUAGAUGUCUUUCUAAAGCAUGUACGUCUUCUGUCGCGCAAGCAAUUCCAGCUGAGAGCACUAAUGCAGAAGGCAAGAAAAACUGCUGGACUCAGUGAUCUGUACUGAC